AUGAAUACUAUCUUUAAAAAGACUACGCUACUCUUGCUGCUGCUGACGAACAUCGCUAGCGUUGUCCUUCGCUCUGUAAACGUACCAGACUGGAUCGAAAAUGCACAAAUACUGGCACAAGGUUUCAACGUGGCUGUAUUGGUAUUUGCCUUUGGCUUGCAUCAUCUGGAGUAUACACGCAACAAGGUUGCAUCUGCCGUCUUGCUGUUUUACUGGCUGUUCGUCCUGGUCGCCAAUGGCAUCAAACUGAGAACUUUGUACACUCUUGAUGAACCAUCGCAAGAUCCAGCCCAAUUUGGCUUAUUUGUCGUUAGCACUGCUCUUGGUUUGCUCGUCUUUAUUCUCGAGCUUACUCCCAGACCCAAGAGCCAGUAUGUUAUGCUCGAAGAUGAUGAAUGUCCCGAGACAAGCACCAACAUCUUUGGCCGACUCACAUUCACGUGGAUGACACCGCUUAUGCGACUUGGCUACCGCGAGCCUCUAAUAAUGGAUGACUUAUGGAAUCUUAAAGAUGAUGAUCAAUCGGCUUUAGUCGGCGAACUUUUCCAAAAGCAUUGGAGCCAAGAGUUGGAAAAAGAGCACCCUUCAUUGGUUCGUGCAUUGAUUCGCACGGUUGGUGGCCCUUACAUCUUCGCUGCGUUUACGCAGCCAAUACUGUUACGAGAAUUGAUGGGUUGGGUUUCUAGUUACUCGUCAGGUGACCCGUCGGUACCUGCUUACCGGGGUGUUUUCAUUGCAGUCGGAAUGUUCUUGACCGCAGUUUGUCAAACCAUGUUCCUUCAUCAAUACUUCCACCGUUGCUUCAUGACGGGUAUGCGUCUGCGUGCUGCCUUGGUGACUGCAAUUUAUCGCAAGACUUUGGUGUUGAGCAGCGGCAGCAGGCAAAAGUCGACUACUGGCGAGAUUGUCAACCACAUGAGCGUCGAUGCACAAAGACUGAUGGACCUCUGCACUUAUUUCCAUAUUGUAUGGAGUGGACCAUUCCAGAUCAUCAUUGCACUUACUUUACUCUGGAGAACCAUGGGUCCUAGCAUUUGGGCUGGCGUCGGCAUCAUGAUCUUGGCCGUGCCACUUAACACUUUCCUUGCUCGAAGAAUGCGAAGCCUCCAAAAGAUCCAGAUGGGCAACAAGGACGCAAGAGUUAAACUCAUGAAUGAGAUCUUGAACGGUAUCAAGGUUAUCAAACUUUAUGCAUGGGAAACUCCGUUUCUGGAAAAGGUUGGCUAUAUCCGUAAUGAUUUGGAGUUGGCAACGCUCAAAAAGAUCGGUGUUUUCACGGCAGUUCAAAACUUUACGUGGUCGUCAAUCCCUUUCUUUGUCUCGUUGAGCACUUUUGCUGUCUUUAUUGCUACCUCUGGUGUUGCUCUGACCAGCCAGAUUGCCUUUGUCGCUAUCUCGUUAUUCAACCUACUUCAAUUCCCCUUGUCCGUGUUUCCAAACGUCAUCACCUCCGUAAUUGAAGCCUCCGUUUCGCUCUACCGUAUCGAAAGCUACCUUUCUUCCGAGGAAUUGGACCCCACUGCCGUGAUCCAUGAGGAUUACCGUGCCACCCCUGGAUGGACACCCGAUGUUCCUCUUGUCGAGAUCGAAAAUGGCUCGUUCAAGUGGUCUGAGGAAGACUCGGACUUGGUCCUUAAGGAUAUCACUAUGGGUGUCAAGAAGGGCGAGGUUACUGCUGUGGUUGGUCGUGUCGGCUCCGGCAAGUCUUCGAUGAUUAGCUCGCUUUUGGGCGAUAUGGUCAAGAAAAAUGGAAAGGUCACACUUCGUGGUUCCAUUGCCUAUGUGCCUCAGCAGCCUUGGGUCAUGAACGCCACGCUUAGAGACAACAUUGUGUUCGGCCAUCGUUGGGAUCCCGUGUUCUAUGAACGUGUUUUGGAAGCCUGUUCGCUUAAGAGUGACAUCCGAAUCUUGUCUGCUGGUGACCAAACUGAAAUUGGUGAACGUGGUAUCAACUUGUCUGGUGGCCAGAAGGCCCGUGUCUCGCUUGCCCGUGCCAUUUAUGCUCGUGCCGAUAUCUAUUUGCUUGACGAUCCGCUCAGUGCGGUCGAUGCCCAUGUCGGUCGUCAUAUUUUUGAUCAUGUGAUUGGACCCGAAGGCAUCCUCAAGAACAAGGCUCGUGUUUUGGUCACCCACGGUAUUGCGUUCCUUCACAGAGUUAACAACGUGGUCAUGUUGCGCGAUGGUGGAGUUAUUCUCAACGGCACUUUCGACAAAUUAAUGAGUCAAAGAUCCGAGCUUUAUGCGCUGAUGACUGACUAUGGUAACCAACGUAACAGUGGCAAUAAUAGCGACGACGAUGAUACGGAUGAUACACUUGACGUACCUCACGACGAUUCUCAGCCUACGGAUCCUGGACGCUGUGAAGAGGAGUCAGUCUUGAACCGCGAACAGGAAUACACACGUCGUGAACGUCUGAACAGCUCAAGCAGCGGCUCAAGUAGCAUGACUUUAAGACGCGCGUCGCUGGCUUCGAUCGGCAAGCAUGCUAAGAAGGCUCAAAACAAAGAUCGUCUGAUGACCGUUGAAGAAACAGCAAAGGGUAGUGUCGAUAUAUCGGUUCACAAGGAAUACGCUAAAUCCUGUUCCUUGGUUGGUGUCUGCAUGGUUCUCGGUUUCCAAAUCCUCGCACAGCUUGCCGGUGUUGGCGCCAACGUUUGGCUCAAAGAAUGGACGAGCGAAGACAAGCAGGGCAGUGGUGCCCACUCUAGCGUCUGGGUCAACCUUGCCAUCUACGCUGCCAUCGGCUGGUCUGGCACGAUAUUCACUGUUUCUCAGACCUUGUCAUUGUGGAUCCUUUGCGCUAUCCGUUCAGCUCGCGUCCUCCACAGUAAUAUGCUUGAAUCUGUCAUUCGGUCGCCCAUGUCAUUUUUUGAUACCACACCGCUAGGUCGUAUUUUGAACAGAUUCAGCAAAGAUCAACACACUGUCGAUGAAGUACUCCCGCGUUCGUUCCAAGGCUACUUCAGAGUCCUUUUCUCCGUCAUCGCCACCGUUCUGGUUAUCGCAGUCUCGACUCCAUUCUUUUUGAUUUUGAUCAUCCCACUUGGCUUUAUUUAUAUGUACAUCCAACGCUAUUACCUUGCUACUUCGCGUGAGCUCAAGCGUUUGGACUCGGUUGGCAAGAGUCCCAUUUACUCCCACUUCCAGGAAACCAUUGCCGGUGUAUCAACUAUCCGUGCCUAUAAUCAGCAACGCCGAUUCACAUUUGAAAACGAAACUCGCUUGGACGAUAACCAGCGCGCAUACUUCCCAUCCAUCUCUUGCAACCGCUGGCUUGCUGUCCGUCUAGAAUUCUUGGGCUCGAUCAUCAUCUUUGGUGCUGCCAUUUUCGCUGUCAUUGGUGUUGUAUAUGGCACUGGCACCUCAAUCAUCGAUGCUGGUGUUGUUGGUCUGAGUGUCUCAUAUGCUUUGAGUGUGACUCAAUCACUCAAUUGGGUCAUCCGCACCUACUGUGAAAUUGAGACGAACAUUGUCUCUGUUGAGCGUGUCAAGGAGUACAUUGAUCUUCCUAGCGAAAAAUAUCAAGGCUCUCGCAGUGUGUCAUCAGAAUGGCCAGAAAAGGGCCAAAUCGACUUUAAAGAUUACGGUGCACGCUAUCGCCCCGGUCUUGACUUGGCUCUAAAGGAUCUGUCGAUGAACGUUCGCCCGCAGGAAAAGAUCGGUAUUGUUGGACGUACGGGUGCUGGCAAGAGCUCCAUGAGCUUAAGUUUGUUCCGCAUCAUUGAAGCUGCCAAAGGAAAUAUUACCAUUGAUGGCGUUGAUAUCUCUUCGCUCGGUCUCUUCGAUCUUCGAUCGCGUUUGACUAUCAUUCCUCAAGAUCCCGUUCUUUUCGCCGGUGCCGUUCACGAGAAUUUGGAUCCAUUUGGAACUGCCAGUGACGCUGAUUUGUGGAAUGCUUUAGAGCUUGCUCACUUGAAGGAACAUGUCUCCAAAAUGGAAGGCAAACUGAAGGCAGUUGUUCUUGAAGGUGGCGAGAACUUCUCUGUGGGUCAACGUCAGCUUAUUUGCUUGGCACGUGCUCUAUUACGACGUACGAAUAUCCUUGUGCUUGACGAAGCUACUGCUGCUAUCGAUGUCGAGACAGAUGCAAUCAUCCAAGAAACAAUCCGCAAACAGUUCGCUGAUUGCACGAUUCUGACAAUUGCUCACAGAAUCAAUACAGUGAUGGACUCGGAUAGAAUUCUUGUCUUGGACAAGGGCAACAUUGCCGAAUUCGAUUCACCUCAGCGUCUCUUGGAGAACAAGGACUCUGUCUUCUAUUCCAUGGCACACGAGGCUGGUCUUGUAGAUUAA